GCCCCAGAGGAAGUGAAAGACGGUGGCAAGUUCAAGAUCUGUCGCGCCUCCUCAACCGAUCAUACGUAUAAACUUUCUGUUCAACGCACUCUAAAGUCUGGUGAGACCCAAUGGAAGGUGAAGCUGGUGGGCGAUAAGUGCGGCGACAAGACGUAA